UCGCUUAUCGAAGGUGGAACGAAUUUUCUCGCACAAUCUCUAUCGAACCCCCUUUUUUUUAGUGAACGCCACUUAGAACAAGACGAUCAUGUCGCCCCUUGGUGGAAGGCUCACUGGAACCAUCGUGGUGUUUUGUGUUUCGGCCCUGGUUUAUCAUGCACAAAGUCAGUCUUGCCCCGAGAAGAAUGGUCGCUUCCCAGUGUCAGACCAGUGUGACGCAUACAUCGAGUGUAGGGAUGGUGAACCGACGCGUCAGCUGUGCCCCGAUGGGCUCCUCUUCAACGAGAAGGCAUCCCUGUUCUCCUACCCCUGCCAGUAUCCGAUCGAUGUAGAUUGUGGAAGCCGCACCCGUACCCAACCGGCCAUUCCGACCGAAGACUGCCCGCAUCAGUUCGGUUACUACAAGGUCGGUGAUCGGGCCAACUGUGGCCAGUUCAAGAACUGUGCCGGCGGCACUGCCUACGUGCUCGAUUGUCCGCUGGGGUUGGCUUUCAAUUCUGCGACGUAUCAGUGCGAUUGGGCUGAUCUGGUGGAGGACUGUGAUGCGGAAGCGUAUCUUGGUUUCAAGUGUCCACCGCAGGCACCCGGAUUGGUGCAGCCGAUCCGAUUCUUCCGUGCACCGGACGAUUGCCAGAAGUACUUCCUGUGUGUCGACGAUAGGCCUCGGCUAAACUUCUGUGGACCGGAGCAGGCAUUCAACGAGCUGAUUAACGCAUGUGACGGAAUCGCCAAUGUGACUGGUUGUGCUUAGGGAUGCUACUCCGACUACGGAACUACCAUAGAACCUCCUUAGGUGGUAAUCGACACCGAUAGCGUCGAUUUUAGUAGGAUUUUUAAUAAACAAAAUACCAUCCACUACCUAUUGUCCAUUUCUUCCACUUCGUGUGACUAGAAGUUCGUUAAAGCAUGUUUGCAAACGGUGAUCCAGUGAUGCUAGAUGCUGCAGCCUUCUCGUUGCCCGUACAGUGAGGUAAUUUCGUUGAGAAUGGUACUCUUGAUGAAGGAUCGCUGUAUCGAUUGCUGUGCUGGAUUCGUCGCUUCCGCCAAUGUUUUUACUCCCGGUCGGUGCACCAAAAACGCAUUAUCUAGCACAUGAUAAUCGUAUCCCUGGACGCACAUGAU